UCGGCGUGAGGAAGCAGUCGAGUUGUUGCUGGAUCCGGGGGCCUCGCGAGCCCGGACACCGACACUGCUUGAAUCAGCAGCAGCAUCACUUGCAAGUCCGCUGCCUCGAUCCAGUGUGGAUGCGUUGAUUGGAGAAUCCCAUAGUCGAUCAAUUUUUUUUCAGAUGAAAAACUCUGCCUCUGAGGGUAGAGUGUGACCGAGAGGAACACAGCGCUUGAAGUCCACGAAGCGAUGGGGAGAGAAGGAGUUGGUUUCUUGUUACAGUCAUGGCGCAAAGGUCGCCAGUUGUGGCACUCUGUAGCUCGCGCUGCGAAUUACAGCACUUCGUCCGCCAUUCACACCCCAACUGCAUCUGUCGAUCGCGUUCUGCCGCCGAAAUCCCGACUCACUUGGCGACGGUUGUUGACAGGAGCAGUCCUCGGGUCUGUUAUUGGUGGUGGAGCGUAUGUUGGGACCUCUGAUGAGGCCACAAUCAGCAAUUGGGCAUUUCAGGGAGCCAGUUUGCUGAAUCCGUUAUUCAAGUUUUUCGAGCCGGAGGAUGCUCAUAGGUUAGCGAUCUGGGCCGCAGCUCAUGGGUUAGUCCCUAAGGAAACGCGACCCGAUCCUUUCAUCUUGGAAGUUACCUUGUGGGGUCGCACUUUUUCAAAUCCCGUUGGUCUUGCAGCAGGCUUUGAUAAAAACGCUGAGGCAGUUGAGGGGUUAUUAGGGCUAGGCUUCGGAUUUGUUGAAGUGGGAUCAGUGACUCCAGUCCCUCAGGAGGGUAACCCCAGACCUCGUGUAUUUCGAAUCCAGGAACAGGGUGCAAUUAUCAAUCGAUAUGGAUUUAGUAGUGAAGGGAUUGUUGCCGUUGCGAGGAGGCUUGGAGCUCAACAUGGAAAGAGAAGACUUGCAGAGACCACCGGGGAACUAUUUGGUUCAGCUAGUCCAUUUGCAACAAGAAUUACUGGUACUGGGAUAGUAGGAGUAAAUCUGGGAAAGAAUAAGACCAGUGAAGAUGCUGCAGCUGAUUAUGUACAAGGGGUUCAUACCUUGUCACAAUAUGCUGAUUAUUUGGUCAUUAAUGUGUCCUCUCCCAAUACCCCAGGACUUCGCAAACUGCAAGGCCGUAAACAGCUUCAGGACCUCAUUAAAAAGGUUCUAGCUGCUCGAGAUGAAAUGCAGUGGGGAGAGGCUGGGCCACCUCCAUUACUGGUGAAAAUCUCACCCGAUUUAUCAAAGCAGGACUUGGCGGACAUUGCAGCGGUUGCACUUUCUCUGAGGAUUGAUGGCUUGGUAGUAACCAACACUACAGUGUCAAGACCAGACUCUAUUCUUGGCUUAGUGCAUUCAACAGAAACUGGGGGUCUUAGUGGAAAACCUCUGUUCAAUAUCUCCAAUGAGAUCCUUCGCGACAUAUAUGUACUUACGAAGGGAAAAAUUCCACUUGUGGGUUGUGGCGGCAUUAGCAGCGGUGAAGAUGCUUAUAAGAAGAUUCGAGCUGGUGCCAGCUUGGUGGAGCUUUACACUGCCUUCGCUUACGAAGGGCCAGCAAUUUUACCUCGAAUUAAGUCGGAGUUAGCAUCCUGCUUGGAGCGUGAUGGAUUCAAAUCGAUACGUGAGGCGGUUGGUGCUGACCAUCGCUGAUGGUGCUCUGAACGAUUAUAAACGAUUGCAAUUAAUUCUCGUCACCUUUUCCUCUAGAUGAAGCAUGAUAUGAGGGUCCACCCAAUUUUGAAACGGAAAAUAAUGGAGGUGUAGUGAAGGUUAUUUCUGAGGUUAUUUGCCAACCGAGAGCGUCCGUUCUUGCUGUCUUUGAGACUGUGGAUCAUGACCUUACAUGUACGUCUUAGGUGGUAUUUUAUAAGCAGACAGUUUUCCUCCAUUUAAGAGUACUAUCUCAGUCAUUGAAUAUUGAAUAUUAAGGAAGUGGGGCAAGGGGCUUGUGUGUUAAAAGUGUUAACAUACAUGUCUAAUUUCUAUUAGACAUUAUGUGAAUACCUAUGUAGAAUUAUGUGAUUACCUAUGUAGACAAUUGAAACCAUGUUACUAAUUGACAACUUGUAGAUUGCCAUAUUAGCCAAUAGUUAACAUAUAGUUAUUGUCACCUACCAAGCUAUUAUAUGGCCUAAUAAGAUGAGUGUCCACUUGUUAAUUGGACCUUGGCAGCUAGUUGUUAGUUUGUUUCCACUAGAAAGUCCAUGUCAAUAGACCAUGGACUUGUGCUUUAAGAACCAAAAUUCAAGGUUCAUUUCAAGAGGUUAGUUCUCUUGAAUUAUCGAUGGUUGAAUAGUGAGUUCAAAUGUAUUUCACAUCAUUAUACUUCUAUCCUAUAUCAAUAUAUACAUCAUAUUUUCUAA